GCGCGUUUGUGGUGAACAAUGACUGGCGUAAAGGUGGGCUUCCAAGGCCAGAAAGGCGCAUAUUCGGAGGGUGCUCUGGUGGAGUUGUUUGGAUCUCAGGCACGUUGGGCGGGCAAUGCCGUCGAGCCGGUUGGGUUCGAAACGUUUGCCGAGGUUUUCGAUGCAAUUCAGAACCAGUCUGUGCAGUAUGGUCUUAUUCCCAUUGAGAAUUCCUCUACGGGAACCUUUCAUUUUACAUACGAUCUCCUCCUCCGACACUCCUUGUACAUUGUAGGAGAAUACCAGUACCACGAAAAGCACUGUCUUGUAGCACUUCCCGAAGUCAAAUUGGAAGAUAUCACUCAAAUCAAAUCCCACCCAUACGUUAUUGACCAGUGCCGCAAGUUCCUUGCGAACCUGGAUAAACGAAUUGCGAUUACUCAAGCACAAGAUACUGCCUCCAGUGCUGCUAGUAUCGAAAGGGAGAAGCUCACAACAACAGCAGCUAUUGCCGGUGCCCGAGCUGCAAAUAUCUACAAUCUCAAUAUACUCAAAGAAGGCAUCGAAGACGAUGAGAACACCGUCACCCGCUAUGUGCUCAUAUCCCGUACGCCGAUUCAACCGGAACGGCACCAGGACCCACGAACGAGCAUAUCGCUAUGGCUGAAGAAUCAGGUUGGGAUGUUCCAUAAAGCCAUUUCAGCAUUUGCGCUGAGGGACAUCAACAUCUCAAAGAUCGAGUCACGGCCGUCCACGAGGUCAAUCCAGCUGUCAAAGCCGUGGGAAUAUGUCCUGUAUAUUGAUGUUGACGGUAGUUCGUUGGAUGCACCCCUGGCAAACGCCAUAAAGAACCUGGAGGAAUUUGCUUCGCAUGUGCGCGUCCUCGGAUCGUACCCUCGAUAUCAGCCCCCUGCACAGCGGCCCACGGGUGUGUUUGGGAUUGGAAUGUGAGCGGCUGCAUGUCGUAUUUUCGUUGUACAUUUUGGACCAAGUUCAUCGCUUGGAUGAUAAUAAUUGUACUGCCCACGGUCAAUUAUAUUUGAUAUAAGAUGUGCCUCAAAUUCAUUUCUGGGAUAUCC